CACAAGCCAUGAUGGCCAGCUUUUCAGAAGUGCCAAAUAAAGAAAAGAAAAGUAAUAGCAUUUCUGCCUCUGUCAUACUUGGAUCCGAGGAAGAUUUUGAUGUAAUUUGUCACGCUUGUAUGAAUAGCGAUAUACGUAAGAAAGCGGAAGUUUUUUGUACGAUUUGCAAAGAGUGUUUAUGCCAAGAUUGCCACGUCUUCCAUAAAAGGCUUACUGCAACCAUGAAGCAUGGAUUAUUAGAUCUCUGUUGCAACCCUUGUGCUAAUGGUGAUGUGCAUGAAGAAGGCGAUGUGUUUUGUAAGAAUUGUCAAGAAUUUCUGUGUAGAAGUUGCCAGACUUUUCAUGGACGGUUAACGGCUACUCGAUCUCAUGCGGUAGUGCCAGUGAUUAAUUUUGUAAAGGAGAGUAGACCAAAAGAAAAGGAACCUCUCCGGGGGAGACAUGUAGUGACAAAUGCCAUGCAAAACCCUACUUCUACAUUAUCGAGACAGAUACCCACGCCUCCAAUUAUACAACAGGUGCGUCCUUCGAUUGCGACAACACUGACUGACCAUUCAGUUGCGACCCGCAAGAAGAGCCCUUCGUUCGAGACAGCGGAAACAGUUCAAAGUCCAGCGAUAGCAACACAGCCUGGAGGUAUUCAUAGGAUAUCGGUACCGAUAGGGAUAGUAAAAGAACUUGAGCGUCUACCUGGAGGAAUAAAUUCGAUAAAAGAUGAUCUGAAACAAAAUCACCUAAUUGAUGCAGAAGACGAUGGCAAUUUUUUUCUUUUAAAAGGACCUAAUGACACAGUUCUUGAUAUUGCAAUUGAAUUCCUACAUGUGAAAGUUGGAAGGGCUAAGGCAACAUAUAAAACUUUGGGAGGUAAAGGAACAGUUACAUGGACUUAUAGAGGAAAACAUGUCAAACAUAUCCAAUAUUUAUUUCCUGCAGAACUUAAGAAACUUUCGACGGUCAAAUCUACAAAAACUGCACAACCGAAAGGCGAUAGUUUAGUUAUUUCGUGCAGCUAUGCAGAUUACCAAACGGUGAAUGAUAUGCUCGAGAAUCUCGACAGAAAAAUUAGGAAUUGCAAACAAAAAACUGUUAAAGUAGAUGUCAAAGAUCAACAGCUUGCCAAAAAGUUUGAAAAGGGACAAAAUGGCCAUGCUUUUUAUUGUUGUUUAAUAUUCGACAAGAAAGAUAAAAGUAAAGUUGAUCUGGAGUUUUACGGAAGGGAGGAAAAGGAUUAUCAAGAAGGAAUUUCAAAGUGGGAAUCAAUUAAACGGGGCGACAAGAAGAAGCCCGCCCCAGUUUACUUGGAAUUUUAAGGAAAACGAAUCAGUGAAAGUUAGCACUAUAUUGCUGGAGCAGGAAACUACAGGCCAACAGAAAAUUACAUAUUCGUAUCAGACAACUGCUACUGCGUCUCUGCCUGAAAAGCAAGCUUCAAAUAGAAAGACAUCAGAGACGGAUGAGACAGCAUCAGUUUCUGAACAACAAAAAAAAAAACAGCGGAUGCAGAUUGGUAGCUAAUGCUACGGGUUCGUCUUCAACAGAUUCAAAAAAUCUAUCAAAACCUUAGAUGAACGUAAGUUCUACUGCUAGUAAUAGCUGGGCAGAUUAGUGAAACAAUACUGCAUUUGGUGAUGGAAGCAAGAAAUUUGGCAUGAGUAUUCGUCUUAGCCUACUUUUUUCAAAAAACCCGUUAGCCAUUUAAAAAUUCAAAAUGGCGCCCAUUUUUGAAGAUGGCCGCCGCAGGAAGUUGAUUUCUAACUUGAACAGUCCUAUACCGAGUUCUUUUCGUCAAUUUUGAGGAAAAAAUAUCUCUUAAGAUGUUUUGAGUGUGCAAAACCUAUUUUUGAUACACAAAAGACUGGUUUCAAAAUCCAAUAUGGCGUCUUUUUUCAAGAUGGCCGCCAUUUUAUGUAAAAAGUACUAAUUUGCCGUUAAAACUGACGUUCCUGGUUAAAUUAAUUUUUAUGUUAUAGUCAAAUAACAUAUUUAGAGUGUUGAAGGGCAGUUUUUGUCUCGGCUGCGACUUAAGGAACUGACGGCGGACUAAGGCGUAGCUUUUCCGGCGGCGACGGCGAUGACGACGGUGGUGGUGGCGUCAACGUGAAGUUUAUGUUGAAGUCUUUUUUCUCAGAAACUACUAGGUUUAUUGGGUUGAAACUUCACGCAUGCCUUUGUGGUCAUUAGGCGCUGUACCAGGCCAAGUUCCAUAACUCUAACGUACAUUUUAUCAAAAGUAUCCCCCUUUCUAACUUAGAAAUUUCAACAUUAAGUCUUCGUAUUAAGUCUUUUUCUCAGAAACUACUAGGCUUAUUGGCUUGAAACUUCACACAUGUCUUCAUGGUCAUUAGGCACUUAACCAAGCCAAGUCCCAUAACUCUGACAUACAUUUUAACAAAAUUAUCUCCCUUUUUCAAUAAGAAAUUUCGACAUAAGGUUUUCGUGUCUCUACACGGAAUAACUAAUUAUGUCCCUUUAUGACCGACACCGCUUGGUUUGAACUUGUGGUCAAACUUUAUAUAAGGUGGACAUUUUUUAAGAUUAAAGUGUAUGUAGCAAUACACGUAGGUAUAUCAAU